UCGAUGUGGAGAUAAUUUUCAAAUACAUAAAGAUGAUUUCAUUGAGUCUGAACUAGGGGAAGAAGUAUUGUUUGAAUGCUCUGAAUGUUCCAAUAAUAUAUUAGUAAAAGUAACUAAAUAAUUUUGACAAAUUAAAAUAGUUAAUUAAAAUGAGACUGAUAAUCUUUCUGGUAAUUUAUGCUGGGAUUGUUUAUGCGAAACAAGUGCCAAUUGUGAUCAACACUUGGGCAUUCACAGAUUCAACUCAAGCAGCAUGGAAUCUUCUCAAAAGAGGUGGUGAUGCAAUAGAUGCAGUGGAAAUUGGAUGCAUGACCUGUGAAAAGUUGCAAUGUGAUGGCACAGUUGGUUUCGGAGGCAGUCCAGAUGAAAAUGGGGAAACCACUCUAGAUGCACUACUUUUUGAUGGGACCACAAUGAAUAUGGGUGCAGUUGGAGCUUUAAGACGCGUUAAAGACGUGAUUUCUGUUGCAAAACACGUUCUUAUCAACACAGGACACUCAAUAGUAGUUGGAAGUCAAGCUACUGAAUUUGCCAAACGAAUGGGUUUCACUGAAGAAGAUCUUACAACAGACAGAUCUAAAAAGAUCUGGACGGAUUGGAAGAACAACCGUUGUCAACCAAAUGCAUGGCUGGCUGUGUUGCCUGACAGCAACACAACUUGUGGUCCUUACCGUCCAGUACAAGAAAACGACGUUUAUUACAACCACUGGACUCAUAACUAUCCACACAGAAGAACAAGAGAACAUUUCCAACGCCACAGUUUCAGCACUAACAAUCACGACACAAUCGGCAUGAUUGCUAUUGAUGCAAAUGGAAAAAUCGUUGCGGGAACUUCAACGAAUGGAAUGUCACAUAAAAUACCCGGUCGUGUUGGAGACUCUCCAAUCCCUGGAGCAGGUGGUUAUGCAGACAGCAAGUUUGGUGCUGCUUCUGCAACUGGUGAUGGUGAUAUUAUGAUGCGUUUCCUGCCGAGUUUUCUUGCGGUUGAAGAAUUACGACGUGGUUCUACACCCUCCCAAGCAGCUUGGACCGCGAUAAACCGUAUCAAAGAAUAUUAUCCAUCAUUUUUCGGUGGUAUUAUUGUUGUAAAUAAACAAGGGGAAUAUGGCGCAGCUUGUAACGGCAUGGACAGUUUUCCAUUUUCAGUCGCAAGUCAGGCAAAUGAAAAAGUUACCGUAAAACGUGUAACAUGCAAGUAAAAUCACAAAUAGCAUAGAGUUAUUUAGUUUAAACAUCGUGUUAUAAAUGAAUUUGUAUGAUAUUAAACCCAUUUUCCACCAA